AUGCAGAGCAUGCGCUGCAUUCUUCCGUCGCACGGUAGCACUGGAAGCUGUCGAUACCAGCGUUGCAUCAGAGAAGGAAUGGUUAUAACAGACGUGCAACUGAAACGGGACCAAAUUGGCAGAAGAGCUCGAAACAAAAAAUUAUCUACUUCUAUGGACGAUGAUGGCCUACCUUCGGCAAAUGACUAUGUCACAGACUUUCCAUUCCGAGAAUUCCUCAGCUCGACAGUAAUUAUAGAGCGAAUGAAAAAAGGAUAUGAACAAUUUAUGUCUAUGAGAAGAGCAACGAACAAGUUUUUGAAGAAAAACAACGUCACAUCUUAUUUUCAGACUGAAUCUGAAGAAUUAGAAGUGUCCCGAUUUGAUGUUGCGAUGAAAGUUGGCCAAAUUGAGACCCAUUUAGUCACCGAUGUUGUUAACACAUAUUUUUUCCCAUUUAACCAUGUGAAAUAUGAAGAUAAGCUUGCAUUGUUUAAAAAUUUUUUCUGCUACUUCUCACACACAGACCGUGCUUAUCAGUCCUACAAACAUUUCAUGUACGACGAGAAUAACGACAAGAUUUUGAUGCCCGAUGGAGGGUUUAUUAAAAAAUCGGAGCUUGAAAAAUUCUAUGAGCAAGCUGAAGGAGUGCACAAACCGCCGAAAGAUGCAGCCACAAUUUUCCAACCAGUUUUUGAUUAUAUUCUGGAUGUGAUUGUAGGAUAUAUGAGAUCAAUGAAACUCGUGGACUUUGAGUAUAUGGCGCUUCUUGGAUUCUGUCUUUGGGACAAUGAUAUUGUUGGAAUCUCCGAGGAAGCAAGAAAAAUAGCUGAAGGAACACAAGCAAAAAUGUUAAAUGAACUGCAUUCCUACUAUGAAUCUGAGUGUAUGGAUCCUCUGGCUAUCUCGCAUCGAGUCGGUAAAUUGCUUCUUCUCCUUCCAAAAUUGACGAAAUGCGUCACAAUGCUUCGCGAAAAUUCCGUAUUAGCUGAAAUGUUUGAUUUUUAUGAGGCCGAUGUCUGUUGCAAGAACUUCAAAAAUGAGCAGCCUGUGGAUCUCAAUUGUCCAUCUUCUUGCAUUGCUCACACUGCGAAAGCACCCAAAAAUGUUUAA